AAGAUCGUCCAAUUACAAUGACCGAUCAAACGAAUGAUAACACAUUGGAAACAAAGGCGGAUGAUUAUGAUAAAUAUAAUUGUAGUUUAGCGGCUGAGCUCGAUUAUUUUGUUAUGUGUUAUUGUGAAGAAUUAGCCUUAGGAGGUCAGGCAAUUAAUUACUAUCGAUAUGGGGAACGAAAAGAUUGCUCACAACGUUGGCAAAGUCUUAAAUUUUGUAUACAAUUGAAAUCAAAAUCUGCAGAAGAACGAAAGAAAAUGAUUUUGGAAAAAGAAGCAAUGAAAGAUGCCAAGUAUACUAAACAAAAAAGUUCAUUGGAUUUUUGGGAAAUGAGAGAGUAG